GUUGAUUAAGAGAGGACGCUAAAGAAUUACAUUCAUUUUUAAAAAUUUUAAUUCAAAUAAGAAUUUUCAAAAAUGGACUGGGUACAUUGUAACAAAUGUUUUUUAAAAUUGCAACCAGAAUUGAAAAUGUAUGUUGUAGAAUGUUCUCACAUAUUUUGUGAAACAUGCGUCAAACGAGUCAGUGACACCAAUAAAUGUUUAGUUUGUGAAAAAUCUGGUAGUUUUAUAGCGAUUGGAAACGAUAUGACUAGUUCAGUUCAACCAUUUUUUAUACCGUUGGAAAUGCAAAUUAAGAAACUAUUAGAGAUUUACCAAUUCCAAAUGAAACAUAGGGAGAGAUUGUGUCAAGCUCAAAUGCAAAAGUACCAAUUCGCAAAAAAGGAACUGAUUACUUAUCAUCAUAAACUAAAAGGAGUUUUAAGCGAGAAUAAAAUUAUGAGGAAUAUGUUGCUGAGUAACAGUCGUGGUCCAAAUACUGGUGCUUUCAUUACAAGCACUCCUUCAGCGAUGACCGAUGAUUCUCCAUGUAAAUCUGUUAUCUCUUCAAUUAUUCCACUCACACCGAUGCAGGAUAAAUCUAAACAAUCUGGUCAUUCCAUGCCAGGAUAUGCUCAAAGACUUAAUAAUAACUACGAUGGAAAUACAGGAGGAAUGCCUCCUCUUCGGAAUCAACCGCAUUUAAUGAAUGGCGAUGCGUACUACAGACCUUCUCCCGGUAUGAUGGGACAUCCAAACAUGGCUCACCUACGUCGUCUCAAUAUGCCAAGCAUCCACAAACCUCCUAAUACGUCGAAUCCCAUAAGCCAACUUCAUGUUAAGAGGCCCUAAGACAGAAAUCGUGUUAAAGAACAGUUUAUUAUAUUUUCGUAUAGAUUAAGUCGCAAAAAAUACAGUUUUCAUUUUGAAAAUUCGUCUGAACGAGAACAGAACUGAAUGUUUCACGACUUGCAACUAGUUUAAGUUUAAAAUAAAUGUUUUGAGGUAAAGGGUU